AUGUCCGUCACUGAAGUAACAUCCCUCCAACAGUUCCAGGAGAUUGCGCCGGGGAGUGCAUCCCUGCGUGCCCUUAUUGCGCGAGACGAGCUGUCCGUCUUUGACUUUUGGGCGACCUGGUGUGGACCUUGCAAGGCUAUUUCACCCAUCUUUGCGAACAUGGCCGCUGCUGGAGCCGAAGAGGGCCUCCAGUCAAAAGAUGGCGGGGAACCUGUCAAGUUUAAAGCCUACAAGGUCGACGUCGACGCCGUUCCUGAUGUCUCGCAGUAUGUUGGCAUUCGCGCCAUGCCAACGUUUAUUGCAUACACAAAGGGUGAAAAGGUUGGCACAGUUAUUGGUGCACGGGUCCAAGAGCUCCAGAACCUCAUUGUAGGAAAGGCCGCCCAGAAAUAG